AUGACAGAGACUUUGAAUGACUAUGAUGCUGUCAUUGGAAUAGAUUUUGGAACAACCUUCUCUGGAUAUUAUGUAUUGGACCUAAACUCUGAACAAAAUAAAAACUAUUACGAUAGUUAUUUUUGGAGAUAUAAGAAUAUGCCAUCCACAAUGCUUUACAAGAAAGAAUCAGAAAAAAAGUUUACGUAUGGAAGAUCGGCCGAGCACAACUUCCGAAAACACCCUGAUUCUGGGUAUCAUAUCAGCAAAGUCAAACUGUGGCUGGACAGAACCAUCAAAGAAGGUCUUCCACCUUUACCACCCAAUAUGACCCCAGUAAAAAUCAUCGGUGACUAUUUGAGUAGAAUGCACAAAGAUAUCAGCAAAAUACCUAAAAAAUAUCCCAAAUUUCGCGACCCUUCCAGAUACAGAUACUGCAUGACGGUCCCGACUAUGUGGUCCGAAGAAUCCAAAAAUAUCAUGAGAGAGGCAGCUAUCUUGGCUGGUAUCAUUACAAAAUACGAUGAACCUGGAAAGCUAUUGAUUAUUGAUGAGGCUGUUGCGGCUGCCCUGUAUGCUGAAGACCAGUCUCCUGAAUUAAACCUAACCCACGGAAGUCUUUAUAUGAUCUGUGAUGCUGGUGGUGGAACUGUUGAUCUCGCUGUAUUUGAAAAGGAUGAUUCGUCCGGAACAAGCGGUCUAAAAGAAAUCACAAUGGGCACUGGAAGUUCUUGUGGAUCAACUUUUUUGGAUGCUCGAUUUGAGGCUCUAUUGAGAGAGAAGGUUUCCAAAUACCCCAACUACAGUGAAAAGGACAUACAAGAUGCACUGUGGGAAUUUAGCCUUGUGAUUAAAGAAACGUUUGUUGGCGAUCAAGAAGAGAAAUCUUACUGUAUAAAAAAGCUAAAAAGAAUGUAUAUACAAGGCCAUCCAGAUAUCAGCGAUGAUGAAACAUACUCAUUGGAUGAAAUUCACAAAAAAGUAUUUGAUCCAGUAGUAGAUGAAGUACUUGGUAUGAUAGAGAAGCAGUUCGCACAAAUUGGAGGUAGACACCUGGAUGUUAUGUUUAUUACUGGAGGAUUUGGGCAGUCACCGUACCUUCAAGCUCGGAUAAAUGAUACUUUCGGUAGUCGAGUCAAGCAUUUCAAGGUUAUAAAAGACGGAAAUAUGGCAGUGAUGAGAGGAGCAACAUUGUUCGGAGCCAGACCACGUGCAAUUACCCAGCGGAUUUUGCGCCGUGCAUAUGGCAUAAAGCUGUGCUCAUCCAAUGACAUGCCUGAGAAAAACACCCCGUCCGUAAAAGACAAGUUCCAUGUAUAUAUUCACAAAGGUGAACCGGUUAGUGAAGAUGGGUGGAUUACUAAACAUAUUGCUUGGAAAAAGGAUAUUCUUCCGAUUGUGUCUUUAUAUGCAUAUGAUGGGGAUGAACCAGUUCCAGAAUAUCCUUCUUCUCAAUCAAUUGAUCUAGUAGCUAUCUUCAAUACCCAGUUCCCAAUUGACGAUCGAAAGGGGGUUAAAUAUGACAUAUUGGCCAUGAAGAUGCGUUUUGGCCUGGACAAGAUUGACAUUAAAGUCAAUAUUAGAGGGAGAGAUUUUGAGUAUGUUACAGUAUGGGAUGUCACUGGGGAAAAGACAACCCAGUACUACAGCGAACCAAAUCCGCCGCCUAGUGUCAAAGUACGGAAGCUGUGGCUGAUGGAUGCAAUAGUUAAAUACCUCCCUUGA